AUGGCGCCCAGCUCAAGUACAUUCUCCGCCGGGGACCCCGAAAAUAUCCUCCAGGCUGAAGCCGGCACGGAGCCGUCUCAAACAAAGCCGAGGAGACGAAAGAAAAAAGUCGAGAAGGCAUGCGUGUAUUGCCGCCGCUCGCACAUGAUCUGUGAUUCCGCAAGGCCGUGCUUGAGAUGUAUCAAGCGGGGCAUCGGCCACCUAUGCCACGACGAGCCAGCAUCAAAACAGAAGAAAAAGGCCACCGCUGAUUUUGCAGGCGCGGCCGUGCUUCUGGACUCGCAGUCCACAUCGUCGCAGAUCGACCCGGAUCAGCCGGCUGCCAUCCUUGCUAACCAGCCCAUGGACUCGUUCCGCCUGGAAUAUGCCCCUACUGUGGAAUUGCCCAGCCAGUUUGCGAGGACCUCUGUGAACCCUCAGGCCAAGGCCGCGGGUCUUAAUAAGGCGCUCCCGUUCAAUCAGGAGCCGUUUUUCUAUUCAGAGCACGCGGGCAGUGAAUUCAGCUCUCUCAAUGAUUUCCUUUCCAUCAUCGAUGACCCUGAUCUUGUCAAUGGCGCCUUGCAUGACGACCACACACACGGCGACUCUUUGCUACCGUUUCUGAUGAACCCCGAUGGCGGGGCCUCCACAACAAACCUUAACAGCCUACUUCAGUUUUCGCCGGCCUCCAACACAAUAAGUGCAUUUGCAGAAAACACCAUGAAUGGCGGCCAAAUGAGACAAGAUCCUCAGGUUCUACCGCUCAACAACACCCAUCUCCACGUGGCCGAGACAGGUGUGCAGCCCAAAGCGCUUCCGGUUGGAGCAGGCGAUGGAGUGAACAACCAGCCGGUCAUCUCAGACUCAGCUCGUGAUAAGUUUUUCUUAACUGCGGCCGAUCCAACAACAGAAAUCUCGCCGGAAGAACGACUCAAGCAAGUCAUCAAGGCAAAGCUCGAGGCGGGCUUGCUCCAACCCUACAACUAUGCAAAGGGGUAUGCCCGAUUGCAAAGCUACAUGGACAACUUCAUGAACCAGUCAUCGCGCCAGCGGAUUUUGAAGCCGCUUCUGAUUUUCAGACCCGCUUUCCGUGCCAUUGCCAAGACAUUGAAAGAUGUCGAUUUGGUGCUUGUUGAAGAAAGCUUCGAGCGGAUGCUCUUGGACUAUGAUCGGGUAUUUACGUCUAUGGCAAUCCCCGCGUGUCUCUGGAGACGCACGGGCGAAAUCUACAGGGGAAACAAGGAGUUUGCGUCCUUGGUUGGAGUGAUAACAGAUGACUUGAAAGACGGUAAACUAGCACUCUAUGAGUUGAUGAGCGAAGAAAGCGCUGUGAACUUCUGGGAGAAGUACGGUGCCAUUGCCUUUGACAAGGGCCAGAAAGCUGUGCUCACAAGCUGCAAUCUUCGUACAAAAGACGGGCGCAAGAGGAAAAGCUGUUGCUUCAGCUUCACCAUCCGAAGAGACCGGUAUAACAUUCCCAGCUGCAUAGUGGGCAACUUCAUCCCAAUCGAUCCGUGA